AUGACACCAGCAUACCCAUCGGCUCACAAACAGGGGACGAAAUCCGCCCACCAGAUGAAGAGCUGGGGAGAAAACCCCAUCAGCGCCAUUGGAUCACCCACUCAGAUCCCGGCACUUGCAGAUGAUCGCGAUCGAAAUUAUGAAUACGUCCAUAUCAUCGGCCCUGGGUACUGGUCAAUUCAGACAAUGCGCUGCACGAGGGUGGGGAUGCGAGAGCUCUGA